AUGGAGCUGGCACCGCGGGUCUGUCUCCUGUCCCUGCCGCUGCUGCUGCUUCUGGGCCUGAGCGCUGGAGCCACCGUCGACCUGCCCCCAGACGAAGGCAAAGAAGUAUGGGAUUACGUGACGGUCCGGAAGGAUGCCCACAUGUUCUGGUGGCUCUAUUAUGCCACCAGCCCCUGCAAGAACUUCACAGAACUGCCCCUGGUUAUGUGGCUUCAGGGUGGUCCGGGCGGAUCCAGCACUGGGUUUGGUAACUUUGAGGAAAUCGGACCGCUUGACUGUGAUCUCAAACCACGAAAGACUACCUGGCUCCAGUCUGCCAAUCUCUUGUUUGUGGACAACCCCGUGGGCACCGGGUUCAGUUACGUGAGCAAGGACGGCGAGUAUGCCAAAGACCUUGCCACAGUGGCAUCGGACAUGAUGGUUCUCCUGCAGUCCUUCUUCAGUUGCCGCCCGGAGUUCCAGACGAUCCCAUUCUACAUCUUCUCAGAGUCUUACGGAGGAAAAAUGGCUGCUGGCAUUGCUCUGGAACUUCAUAAGGCCAUUCAGCAAGGGACCAUCAAGUGCAACUUUUCUGGGGUUGCUCUGGGCGACUCCUGGAUCUCCCCUGUAGAUUCAGUGCUCUCCUGGGGACCAUACCUGUACAGCAUGUCUCUUCUCGAUGACCAAGGCCUGGCGGAGGUGUCGCAGGUGGCAGAGCAAGUCCUGGAUGCCGUGGAUAAGGGGCUCUACAAGGAGGCCACCCAGCUGUGGGGAAAAGCGGAAAUGGUCGUUGAACAGAACACGGAUGGGGUGAACUUCUAUAACAUCCUAACUAAAACUGCUCCCAUGUCCACCAUGAAGUCAAGCCUAGAAUUCACCCAGAACCACCUAGUUCAGCUUUACCAGCGCCACGUGAGACACCUAAAUCGGGACGACUUGAACCAGCUCAUGAAUGGGCCCAUCAGGACGAAGCUCAAAAUUAUUCCCAAGGACUGCUCCUGGGGAGGCCAGGCCAACAACGUCUUCCUGAACAUGGAGGGGGACUUCAUGAAGCCAGCCAUCAGUGUGGUGGACGAAUUGCUGGAAGCCGGGGUCAACGUGACCGUGUAUAACGGACAGCUGGACCUCAUCGUGGACACCAUGGGUCAGGAGGCCUGGGUAAGGAAACUUAAGUGGACGGAACUGCCCAAGUUCAAUCAGCUGAAGUGGAAGCCCCUGUACACUGACCCUACAUCUUCGGAAACGUCUGCUUUUGUCAAGAGCCACAAGAACCUGGCUUUCUACUGGAUUCUCAAAGCCGGACACAUGGUGCCUUCUGACCAAGGGGACAUAGCUCUGAAGAUGAUGAAGCUAGUGACGGGGCAAGAGUAG